AUGGCAGAUCAACAGCCUUGCCCUCAACAGCACGAGGUUGACCAGGGGAUGGCUCGCGAACGUCAAGAAAAUGGGCGGCCCAAUGGACGCAAUUCAAUUGGGAAUGAUGAGGUUAGAGAAGGCGACGCAACCACGUUGAAAAUGCCAGCAGACGGUGGAGAGAACACCGAGAAGGCCGAGAAAGUGGGUGUGACGCCACAAAAGGAACCGUCUAUGUUAAAGAAGGCUUGGGCAAAGCUGGGAAUAACCCCUCCUCUACUGAUGAUGAUGCUGAAGGGGAGCAUCGCGCCAGCUAUCGGUGUGGCAUUUUAUCAGGCAGAUUCAGUUGCACGAACGUUCGCCACGCUGGGCUAUCUUGUGCCUAUUAUCUCUAUCUUAAGCAUUUCUAUUAUGCCACGGGCGAAAUUCUUCCAGACUCUCAUUCUCAACGUCCUUGGAGUCUGCAUUGGGUCUGCGAUUGGCCUACUAGGUAUAUGGUCUGGUAUAGAGGCCCGAAAACACGCAACUCCUCCUGGUUCAACAGCGCUCUAUAAUUCGUCCCAGUCCGCUGUGUGCGCUAUCUGGCUAUUUGCUAAUAUUUAUAUCUCGAACUGUAUGCGGGCGAAGUUUCCCGCGCUUCAGAUUCCCGUGAUAAUGUACUCAAUUUUUACGAAUAUUUCAUUUACAUACGGGCCUAACUUCGCCUCCAUGAAACAGGGGGAGGUCUUGAUCAAGCAGAUCUUGAUAGCCUUCCUUACCGCUUUUGCUCUUUCUACCGGCGUCAAUUUGUUUGUUUUCCCAUUCACCUCACGGACUGUGGUAUUAAAGGAGUUUGAAGGAUAUUUAGGAGUUGUAAGGGGUGCCCUGAAAGCACAAGUUGCCUACAUUGAGAGUCUGGAAAGCAGUGAUAUGUUUUCUAGCUCGGCCUCAGGAGACCAGGCAGCUGCCAACGCCGACGCAACGAAGCAGCAGGGGAAAAAGAAGAAGAGCAAGCAUAGAGCAAACGAGCAGCCGAAUCGUACCGAAACACCAGAGAGCAAGGCUCUUAAAGGGGCAGUUGCAGCGCUGAAAGGACUCCACGGCAAAAUAUACGGCGACCUCCCCUUCGCAAAGAGAGAGGUUGUGUGGGGAAAGUUGCAACCGGAAGAUCUUGGUCAAAUAUUCAUUUUGUUCCGCGGCAUCCUCGUCCCCCUGAUAGGCAUGUCAACUAUCACCGAUAUAUUUGAGAGAGUUGCUGAAAGGCGGGGGUGGACUGAUGAUCCAGAUACGCAAUCCGUUAAGGGAGAGUCUUUUGAGCGUUCUAGCGAUACGGAUAAGGACAAAGAGAAGGAACUAUGGAAUGUGAUAAUGAAGACCUUGCACAAGCCUUUUGCUGCUGCCACGGCUGUGAUGGACGAGGGUUUGGAGCAUGCCGGGCUAGCGCUUGAACUGAUCAAAGCUCCGAAGAAGGCGAAGAGGGAUGACGUCGAAAGCAAAGGAACAGGUUCGAAACCUGGGGACCCGGCGUUUGGAAAGUAUCUAGACGAAAAGUUGAAGGAGCUUUAUGACAGCCGAGGGCAAACCCUAAAGGCUUGGGCAAGAGAGAAAGGGUUUCCAGAGGAUUAUUUCGAUACAUCAAAGGAACCCUCUCCAGGCCACCAUUUGAUACCAGAUGAGUUAGAGCGUUCCCGCGACCAGCAGCAGUUAUACCUCAUCCUGUAUAUGGAAUUCCUGCUACACUCUAUUGGACAAGCUGUAUUAGAUUUGGUGAAAUUUGCGGAUAAGAAAGUCGAGGAUGGUUGCAUGAAGAAAAAUCGCCUUAUCUUUCCUAGCUUUCGACGCCUUCGGAAAUGGGUAAUGUCGAUAGGCAAGGAAGACACCUCACUGGAUAAUGAAUCUCCGGAUUCAUUGGAAUCUGGCGGCAGAAAUAUUUUCCUCGGUGCAGGCUUCAACCCCAAGAAGGAUCCAGAGCAUCUCCCCCCUCAAACGGCCUGGCAGCACUUCGGAAACGGCAUCAGGGUAAUUCCUCGAUUCUUAGGAUCACCGGAGUCCGCGUUCGGGUUUCGAGCCGCCUGUGCGACCCUAACAAUCGGCAUCGUUGCGUAUUUGAAAGACACCGCGCUUUUCUUCGUUAAAAACAGGCUAGUUUGGGCUAUGAUUAUCAUCGCAAUAGGUAUGACACCGUCGGCAGGACGAUCGAUGUUCGGGCUCAUGGGAAGAAUGGUGGGAACUGCUUUAUCAAUGGUCAUCUCCAUCGUCAUCUGGUAUAUCGUAGACAAAAAGACUCCUGGAGUUAUCGUCAUGCUAUGGUUCUUUAUAUUCUUAGAGAUGUACUUUUUUCUAAAAUUUCCUCGCUUUCUUCCCAUCUGGCUGGUCUGUAUGGUUACGCAAGUCCUCAUCGUCGGCUAUGAACUACAGGUGGUGAAGAUUGGAAUUGUUGCAUCAGAACGGACCGGUCAACCUUGGUAUCCGAUCUACAAGCUGGCCCCUUACCGCUUAGCCUGCGUCGCUGGCGGCUCAUUUGUUUCCUUUAUAUGGACAAUAUUUCCGUAUCCAAUCAGCGACCGUUCCUGGCUGCGUAGAGACCUUGGUUCAACGCUCUACCUAUUGGCCAACUACCAUGCGGUCGUGCAUAGCACAAUCAAAGCGAGAAUUCACGACGUAGAAGGAGAUAUGGAGCUGAAAACUUCUCCUGGGAGGAGGCUUGAGAAGGUUCGGUUCAAGAUCUUUGGGAAGCUACUGAUGCUGCUUCCAUCGCUACAGGAGCAUGCUGAAUUCGAAAAAUGGGAACCGACUAUCGGCGGAAAAUUUCCACGGGCAACAUACGAAAACAUCAUUCUUCGGGCCACCAACAUCAUGAACUAUCUUUCUCUCAUCAUUUAUGCCACAAAAUCAUUGUCUAAUGAACGCGGCUCCGGAUGCCCAACCACCAUUCCCGCCAACCGACAAACCUGGAUUAAAGAGCUAAGCAGCCUCAUGCGGAGGGUAGGCCCCACCUCGCACUCAGUAACAUCAGUCCUCUCCAUGCUCUCCGCAUCCGUCAAACAGGGCUCGGCACUACCACCCUAUAUUCAACAUCCUGAGCCUUUCAAUCUCACCAAGCGCCUGGAAGCCCUCAACAGUGGUAUCCUUGAUGCGCGGCAUGUGGAAGAGCUUGGAUAUUCGGCGUAUGCUGUAAUGCAGGUUGCGAGUAGUCUCGUCAGUGAUGAUCUAGAGCGACUAGUUGAUGAUGUGAGGGAUUUGGUGGGUGAGACGGAUUUUUCCUUUAUGGUUAAUGACAGCAAUAGUAGUGUAGACAGCACUGGCUCGGAAACCGGGGAUAUAAAGGGGAAGAGAGAUUAA